AUGCAGGCCGACCUGGCCCGCGUCUCGCUCCUCAACUUCUGGGCGCCGUGGGCCGAGCCGUGCGGCCAGAUGAACGCCGUCGUCGAGGAGCUCGCGGCCAAGUACCCGCAGCUGCUCGUGCUCAUGAUCGAGGCAGAAUCGCUGCCAGACGUGUCCGAGUCCUUCGACAUCGACUCUGUGCCGUCCUUCGUCCUGCUGCGCGGCCACACGCUGCUCUCGCGCAUCUCAGGCGCCAACGCUGCGGCGCUUUCGGCGGCCGUCGCCUCGCACGCGGCACCAGCAGCGACCGGCGCCAACGCACCGCUCUCCUCGACCAAUGCACCGGCACCGGCGCCGGGCGCGUACGACGAGCACCACGUGCCGGCGCAGGAGACGCAGGAGGAGCUCGAGGAGCGCUGCCGCAAGCUCAUGGAGCGCCAGGACGUGAUGCUCUUCAUGAAGGGCAACCCCGACAACCCGAAGUGUGGCUUCUCGCAAAAGACGGUGGCGCUGCUGCGGCAGGAGGGCGUGCGCUUCGGCAGCUUCGACAUUCUGCAGGACGAGGCCGUGCGGCAAGGGCUCAAGAAGCUCAACGACUGGCCGACGUUCCCGCAGAUUGUGGUCAAGGGCGAGCUGAUUGGUGGGCUGGAUAUCUUGAAGGAGCAAAUCGAGACGGGCGAGUUCCGCGAGCUGCUCGAGGGCUAGAUGGCGCAUGUGUCAAUGCAGCGCUUUGUAUAUUUCAUGCGUCUGCGACCAGCCAGGCGUACACGACGUCGACGAUGGCGUCCAGCUCUGCACGAAUGCGCUGCUGAGCGGCCUCAAACGACUCGCCUGCGCGCACCUCGCCCAGUGCCUCGCAGUAG